UCUAUACAAUUUAACUCUGAAUUUAUUCGACCGGACAAAAAAUAAUCAGUUACACAAGACUUCGUCAAUUUGGAGAGCGACGUGCGUUUUCUCCGUGUCAGAAUGGGCUGAGCUUGUUGGCGACGGCCCACAGCGAUCCGGCCGAGACGGGCUCGCCGCUGCUGCAGAUGCCGGGCAGCCAGCAGAGGAGGCCCGUCACCAGGCUGGCCAGCCACAGCUCCGCCGUCUCCAGCAGGCCGGGCUCCUCGCGCGCCAGGCCGAGCGCCGUCAGCACGGCGCUGGGCGCCUGACCCACGGCCUGCGCCACGUCCCAGAGGCCCAGCUCGGGCGCCAGCGCCGCCCACAGCGCCCACACGAGCAGCGGGGCGCCGGCCGCCAGCAGGGCGCCCCGGUGGCUCUGCAGAGCGGCAGCCAGCCGCGAGCUGAGAGCGGGGGGCGCCGGCCGGCGGGCGCCCAUGUUGGCGCGCGCCAGCAGCAGCGCAAUGUCCGCCUCGUCGCCGCAGCCCUCCAUGGCCUUGACGUCGAACACGUCGCCGUGGCCGUGCUUCUGCAUCACCGAGGUCAGCGUCCUCGUCAGAGCCCUGCAACAGUCGGCAGCCAGCUGGUUUAUUUUUUUAACUUCUCUUCACUGAUCUGACAAAAAUGCCAAAGAAGAAGACUGGGCAGAGAAAGAAAGCCGAGAAGCAGAAAGAAAGACAGAAGCAGAUCAGCGCAUCCAAAGCCAACAGGAGUCUCAUUGACCAGCCAUGCAAUGCUGUGAUGGAAUGUGAUAAAUGUCAAAAGAAGCAGAAGAACCGGGCGUUCUGCUACUUCUGUCAGGCGGUGCAGCGGCUACCGCAGUGUGCCGAGUGCGGCAAGGUCAAGUGCAUGUUGAAGACGGGUGACUGCGUCAUCAAGCACGCCGGCGUCUUCACCACUGGCCUGGCGAUGGUGGGAGCCAUCUGCGACUUUUGCGAGGCGUGGGUGUGCCACGGCCGAAAGUGCCUGCAGAGUCACGCGUGCGGGUGCCCUCUGAGGGAGGCGCUGUGCACCGAGUGUCGCAGGGACGUCUGGGACCACGGCGGCCGACUCUACCUAUGUUCUUUCUGUGACAACUUCCUUUGUGAAGAUGACCAGUUCGAGCACCAAGCUUCUUGCCAGAUUCUCGAGUCGGAAACGUAUAAAUGUCAGUCGUGCAACAAGCUGGGCCAACAUUCGUGUCUCCGCUGCAAGGUGUGCUUCUGUGACGACCACGUGCGUCGGAAAGGCGUCAAAUACGAGAAGAACGCGGCCAUGCCGUGCCCCAAGUGCAACUACCCUACCUCGGAAACCAAGGACCUUUCAAUGUCGACGCGCAGUCACAAGUUCGGCCGCGGCGGCAGCGGUCGGGACGACUGGGGCACGCGCACCUACGGCCGAGAGGAUGACGAUGACGACGAUGACGGGGGCGGCGGCGGCGCCAGCGGGUACGCCGCCUGGGCGGCGGCGGCGGCCGCCGGCGGCACCGGCUACGGUGGAGCCUACAGCGCCACCGGCUACGUGUUCAGCGAGACCAACGGCGACAGCGACGAAGACGACGACGACUACGACCCCGACGAGGACGACGAGAGCGACGACAGCUAGGGGCGGCCCGUCGCUGCUCGCGUCGCGGCACGCCCCCAGCGUUCUGCUCGUGUUAGGAUGAAGUGUUUAUAUAUGACAACCGUCAAUAUAUUCUUACAAAUGUGCUU